AUGACGUUUCACACGGGGCGUCUGUUGGUCGGUCGUGAAAAGGAGCAACAGUUUUUGUUUUCGUUAAUGUGUAAAAAAAACCCUUUAUCCACAUGCUUUGUUAUCACAGGCCCUCCGGGUUGUGGCAAAUCAGUUUUAGUGUCCUCAACAUUCGAACUUCUGGAAGAGUCUUGUGGAAUGUUAUGGGUGUUAAUUAGCUGCCUAGAAAGCUUUGUGGGGACCCAAGGGACAUGUGGAGCUACUUCAUCAAGAUAUUUUCUUGAAUUGAUUUUACAGUCGAUUAAGUGUCGUUAUCUGCCCGAAGCUGAUUUAUGUAUUAGCUGUGAAGAUACCUCCAGCUUCAUAGAUAACUUAUGUCAAAUUUUGCUAGCUAUUGGAGCUAGAAAUACUCAUGACCAAACUUGUGUGGGGUUAAUUUUCGAACAGGCUGAGAGACUGUGUGAUGGGGAAUCACUAGUCCUCCCCUUAAUCAUCGGUCUUGGAGCUUCUGUAAAUGAAAAGCUAAAUCAAUUAGGCAGUCUUCACACACCACUGUUGUUCACUGUCCUGGUUGUCGACUUACUGUUAACAGUUUGCUUCCCUGUUUGUCGUAACGCUGGUGAACUCAUUCAUUUAAUGAAUAUAAACUGGAAUGCUUUUAAUGAACCUGUAAAUAAAGGCUUGGUUGCCGCGGACGAUGAAUGGGGUCAAUGGAAGUUGGCUCAACCAUAUCUCAAAAAGUCUUUGUCUACUCUGUAUUUGCGUCAUUAUGGGGAUUCAAAUUUAGAUUCUCUGUCUACGAAAAACGCUGGGAGACAAAAUUUUUUGGAAUUACCUUAUUUGACUAGAUUUUUACUUAUUGCUGCAUUUAUGGCUUCACAUAAUCCCCGCUCAUCAGACAAAAAGCUCCUGACAAAGAACUCCGGACGUUUAAGUAUCCGUAAAAAGAAACAGGAAAAGGAAGUAUACAAGACACAAGCAGAGUUUACUGGCCCUCGAAUCUUCACCCUAGAUCGCUUGUUGGCAAUAUUCUAUGUCCUAGUACAAAAUGAAUUUGCAAAAGUACCAUGCACAAGUAUUUUAAUGAGUCAAAUUGCCUGUUUAACAGCAUGUGGUCUUUUAUCGCCAAGUUCACAGGCUUUGUCUGUUGGGAAUUCAUCUACUACUGGAUUGAGUACAACAAAUAGUUCGGUUAACGCUAUAUCUGAUUUAGACCCUUUGGCUAGCCCUAAAUAUCGUUGCUUGAUAAGUUUAGAAAUUGCUAAAAGUAUAGCACAGUCGGUUGACUUUGAUUUGUUAUCUCAUCUUACAGAGAAUUAUAAAUUGUAA